AUGCAAAGCAUCGAACUCUACCAUCCCACCUCCGCCAACUUACACCUCACGCCAUUCUCUAGCACUAAUUCCUUAACCGACAAUGUCAACCCCCUUAAUUACCAGCUCACUACGGACGAUUUCAUCAUCCUCAUGCAGCCUGAUGGUCAACUAUUGUAUACGCUCGAUCCAUCGACUACCGGCUCCCUUUUCUGGGCCCUACACCGCCUGGCACGAUACAUCACUAGGGCAGCAUCUCACAACCUUCACAAUGACCCAACUAUCCCAUUUGCAUCCAAGGGAUACAUCCUGGAGUGGAUCCAGGCAGCUCGGCAGCAGACACUUCAGCUGGGGCCUGGAACAGGAUGGAACUGGGGCACACGUCACGGCAUUCGUCUCGAGUACCCCGUGCAUUGUCUUAUCACUCAAGGCACCUUGGAAGACGAGGGAAGCGAUGCUUGCUCUAACAUCACUUGUCAAGGGUUGGAUGGAGAGCUAAACGAUUGGGAGGAGGAGGAUUUUAACAAAGGAAACCUGGAGAGACACAUCAUCCUUCAUCCCAGCAAGUCAGCCUACACCGCUCACUACCCUGACUUCAAUCCUUUUGCUGGGGAACCACUCAUCGAUAACAGCUACGUCGACAGCAACAUCAAUUACCUCAACACUACAUUUGUACCUUGCAACAAAUAUAUGGAGGAGUAA